GCCGAAACGUGAGUCGAACUGAGAGGCCGAGGCAGAUUUUAAGAGGGCGCUGAGAAGACCUGCCACCGGUACCAGCAAAGCAUAUGAGCAGAGCCAUUUGGGUACUUCUUUUUCAUCUGACUUGACUUUGUAAGCCGUUUGAGCCAAACUGAACAGAGAAGGAACAGAGGAAUUAGCUUGAAGGUGUUUGCGGGGGAGAACAGCCAUGAGCAGAAAUUCACUCUGCUUAAUUCUCAUCAUCACCUUUCUGAGAACAGGUGUCUCCGACAGUAAUAUAGUCAUCAGUCACAGAAUGGAAGGCGAGAGACUUAUCUUGACCUGUGUCCUGUCUGGAGAUGAGAAUCUAACCCAGGUCAACUGGGAGAUACAGUGGCCUAAUCGCACCAAUGUGGGCAUUUUUCACCCUGUUUAUGGCACCUACGUCCCCCCCGAGUAUGCUGACAGAGUGAUCAUCGAUGGCAAACAUCUUUUCUCAACUGCAUCGCUUUCUCUGGAGAAGAUGCCUUUAAAUGAAAUCAGACAAAUCUGCUGUGUGUUCAUGACGUUUCCAUCAGGCCACCUGAUGCAGUGCUCCAAGAUCAGUGACAAUGAUGGAGUCAACGCUAAUAACAGAAAGACUGAAGUCAAGGAGGCCGGCCAUGAGCUCAGCUUAUUUGGCCAGCUGGGCGCGCUGACAGUGGGGUGCAUCCUCACUCUUCUCUUGUUUGUCAUCCCAGUCUACGUUUGCCACAAAUGUUCCUGUAGGAGGAGACAAGAGUUUCGAGUCCAGCAGGCACAUUACACAGACCCAUCAACACCUUCUGAGACCUUCACAGAAAAUGCACAAGAAGUGAGACAUCCUCCACCUGCACCUGGCUUUGACCCCACAAAACUAUAUGCAAAGAUUAAAAAUGAUCUGUAUUAUGGCCGCCUGUGGAAGGCAUACCAGGGUAGAGCCCGCAUAUCAACACAAGGAGCACCACCUGACCCAAAGAAGAUUUACUAUCGUCUAGGUGAGCGCCCCCAACAACAGAGCGAUGAAAAACAGAGGCCCAUAGGCCCAGAUACAAUGGUGACAUCAUCAGACAACAACAGCUGAGCACAGAUCUCAUUCAGUAGCCACUGGAAUUUGUUUUGCACAAAAUGCCGAAACCAAAACGCAAUAUGUAAUUAAGCAAGUAAAAAGAGUGGGAUAAAUAUUAUGAGCCAGCAUACACUGACAGAACAAUAUUUGUGUAAAAUUGUGUAUAUAUAUAUACAAUUUAUAUAGAUAUAGAUAUAUAUAUAUAAAGUGUGUGUGUGUGUGUGUGUGUGUGUGUGUGUGUGUGUGUGUGUGUGUGUGUGUGUGUGCGUGUGUAGUUUUGACUUGUACGUAAAUAAACCUAUUGACUGAGUUCUAUGUAUGGUUUUGAUAUUUGUUUAAUAAAGCACACAUUUUGUAAACAUUUUCAUUCCUGGGUAGUAUCAUGUCUAACUAACUUUACUCAGGUUUAACUUCUCAUCCGAAAUUUGACACGUAUGCGUAUUUGUGGUAUAUUGCGAAAUACACGUACCCCUUUGUACCCCUUUGUACCCCUUUGGGCUACAGAUUACGAAAUGAGGAAGGAAAUA